AUUGCUGUUGGAAAGCAAAAAAACACAAACAAGAGGGAAGAAAUUCGAACGCCUUCGUCACUCGCUACGCACGUGCCGCACUCGCCGGCGACACUCCCGAGCUCCGCCUCCUCCUCCUCCGGCGCCGGCGACGAUGCCUCGCAAGGCCCCCUCCACCGCAGAUGCGCGGGCCAAGUGGCAGAGGCGGAAGCGCAACGGCAACCCCUCCGCGGCGGCGGGCGACAACUCCGACGACUCCGACUCGGUGGUCGGGGGCGGGUCCGCGGCGGCGAACGGCGGCGGCGGCGGCGGCGACAACCACGACGACGACGACGGCGCGCUCCACGCGACCGUCGCCAACGGGGGCGCGGGAGGGAGCGGAACCCUAGGCGGAGGGGAUGACGACCCCGUGCUCGACCUCCGCGAGGCCGAGGUGCUCCCGGGGGGCGAGCGCGUCUCCGCCUUCCCGCCCGCGUACCGCCGCGUGGUCAACCGGCUCCACCACUCCGUGCUCGCUGUCGUGGCGGCGGAGCGCGCCGCGGCUGGCGCUGGCGGCGGAGGCGCCACUGGACCUGCCCCCGCGCUCGAGAAUAUCUCCCACGGGCAGCUCCAGGUGCUCUCGCACGUGCUCCCUGACCACCCGUCCUUGUCCAACGACCCCGACAAGCCGUCCUCCUACGUCUGCACCCCUCCUCUACUCAUGGAGUGCCGCGGCAUGCCCAAGCAAUUCCUCAACAAAGUGCUCAUCGUGCCCAGGCACGCAGAUUGGUUCUUGCCGAUGAUGGUGCACAGAUUGGAGAGGCAGGUGCUGCCACAUUUCUUCUCAGGGAAGUCCCCAGGGCACACGCCAGACAAAUACAUAAUGUUGAGGAAUAGGGUAAUUGCAAAGUAUUUGGAGCACCCUGAGAAGAAACUUGCAUUUGCUGAUUGCCAAGGGCUUGUCACAAGCUCGGCUGAGUUGUAUGACCUGAGUAGAAUAGUUAGGUUUUUGGACACUUGGGGGAUCAUUAAUUACCUUGCGCCUGGGUCUGUUCAACGGGGCUUGAGGAUGCUGACAUCACUAAUCAGGGAGGAGCCAUCAGGGGAGUUGCAUCUAAUGUCUGCUCCCUUGAAAUCCAUUGAUGGUUUGAUUUUGUUUGAUCGACCAAAAUGCAGUGUCAAGGCAGAGGAUAUUGCCUUUGUGGCAUCAAUCUCAUCUUCUCCAGAGAUGGCAAAUGGUGAUGCUGAUUUGGAUGAGAAAACAUUGUUGGAGAAAUUAUCUGACAGCUUUUGUAGUUUCUGCGCACAGCCUCUGCCCAGCUUGCACUAUGAGUCACAAAAGGAGGCAGACAUUGCUCUUUGCUCGGAUUGCUUCCACGAUGCAAGAUUUGUUAUUGGGCACUCAAGCUUAGAUUUUCAAAGAGUGGAUGGGAAGAAAGAUGGAGCAGACAAUGAUGGGGACAGCUGGACUGAUCAGGAAACGUUACUGUUAUUGGAGGCCAUAGAUAAACACAAUGAAAACUGGAAUGCUGUUGCAGAGCAUGUCGGAACAAAGUCAAAAGCACAAUGUAUUUACCAUUUUCUUGGUCUUCCAGUAGAAGACGGAUUGCUAGAGAAUAUUGAAGUACCAGAAGCAUCCAGUUCGUCUAAAGUACAAAACAACGGUUUUUUGCGUUCAAAUUCCAAUGGCAGUACUUCAGGAAGCUCUCGUCAAAGUAGCGAAGCUGGACAAAUUCCUUUCAUUAACACUGCUAAUCCGGUCAUGUCACUGGUUGCGUUUUUGACCUCUUCAGUAGGACCAAGAGUUGCAGCAUCCUGUGCAAGUGCAGCACUAUCUGUUUUGACUAGUGAUGACUCCAGUUCAAUAGGCAAUGAUGGCCAUGCUGCUGGACCGAACAGUGAUUCCAACUCGGCCAUCUCUUCAGAAAAUGUUAGACAUGCUGCAAUGUGUGGCUUGUCAGCGGCAGCAACUAAGUGUAAACUUUUUGCGGAUCAGGAGGAGCGUGAAAUUCAGAGAUUAACUGCUACCAUCAUAAAUCAUCAGUUGAAAAGGCUGGAGUUGAAGUUGAAGCAAUUUGCGGAGAUUGAGACCAUUCUUUUGAGGGACAGCGAGCAGGCUGAGAGGGUGAGGCAGGAGCUGCAUGCUCAGUGCGUCCGAAUGGUUUCAGGGAUUCAGUUAGCUUCGCCUAGAGGCAACACCAUGGCAUCAAAUCCAUUGAGUCAAGCGAAUCUUCGACCACCGGGAAUGCCAGGCUCGAUGCACCAGACGGCUGGCACGCCAGCUUUCUAUGCCAAUAACAUGCAGGUGCACCCACAGAUGGCUUUCUUGCAGCAGCAACAGCAGCAGCAGCAGCAGCACCUCCAGCAGCAACAACAGCAGCACCUCCAGCAGCAGCAGCUGCAGCGGCAGGCUUUCUUCCAGCAACAGCAGCUGCAGCUGCAGCAGCAGCAGCGGCAGCUGCAGAUGCUAUCUUUCGGGCCUCGGUUGCCUCUUGCAGCAAUCAACCCUCCCUCAGGCACGGCAGCACAAAAUGUCAUGUACAACAACCCUAACCCUGACAUGCCCGGUCCAUCGAAUCAAGGUUGAGACCGCCUUCUGCUAGCAAUUAGAGUAUUAUAGGCUGAGUAGACAUUUCGAGGCAUCCUAGUUUCCUGAGUCGCAGCUCUGAUUUGUGAUAGUUAACCAUUGUAAUUCAAUUGCACAAUCACAGGUAGAGUGGGGGCAUUUUAGAAUCUAGAUGUUAGGUUUUCAACUCUCUCACAAGCUCCCAAUUGUCUGAUAGCUUUUCUUAUUCCUAGUGCCUAGGUGAGAUUGCGUAUAGAAGUGAUGGCCAAUGCUGAACCAAACCAUUGUUCCUCCUGACUGCUCCUAGAAGAAGCUUGUGCAAAAAUUACAUACUUGUGCAUUCUUUACAUGGUAGCUGUGGCUUAUAUCUUGAAACUUUUGAAGGAAAUUCCAUAACUGAGGCAAUAGGAAGGGUGUAAUGAACAUGUCGCAGCAAGUCGCAACUGAUUAAGGGAAACCAAGAGAUAUCCAGAGCGAUGCUU